ACCUUAUAUCUUAGUUCUAUACAAACAUUAUAUACAAUAGAAAUAAAGACUAUUGGUUUCAAAGGAAAUAAUUGAAUUGAAAACCCCUCAUCUGUGGACCGAUCUGGAGUCAGCUCGAAGUUAAUUAUGUUAUUUCUUACUACCACGAAAGUAUUCCGCGUGACCACGUGCUUUGAUCAUUUCCAUUUGAUGUAAAUAUGUAAACUGUUCUCGCCUAUCGCCUUACGUCGGGCCUCUAUCGCAAUGUCUAUUUGUCAGAUAUUGUAGCGAAAAGCACAAAUCGGAGAGCCCAGUUUGUUUAUACCCUCCCUCUCAGACACGUUGCCGUAGGAGAGGCUGCACGGGGUGUCCGUUACUCCAUCACGACAUUCACCGCAUCCCUACACCGACCUGGGGGGGAGCCCAGCCAUGAGCCCAGGGUCCUGAUCUCACCGCUCAUAGCAGACCCCGGGGGAAGCCGAUAUAGUCACUUGUUCCGGUGUGUGAUGCUCUCCAGUGGAUGAGAGCCCGUAGCCCUGCUAUCCGGUGGAGGAUGUCUGCGUCGGACUCUGAUUACUCAAUAGACUACCUGGCCAGUGACAGUGAGGAUAAUGACAACGACAGUGGCGUGGGACUGAGCCCCGACGGACACACAGUCGACAGUGCCAGGACGGCACCUUCAUCCUCCUUACCCCCACCCUCAUCAUCAUCAUCAUCAUCAUUAUUAAGGGACUCUCCCAGUAACACUGACUGUGGUUCUUCUAAGGACAGGAUCUCCAGGCUAAACAGGAAUUCCAACCAUGAGGACCCCCAUAGGCUGAGCAGUGACACGGGAGAUUUCGGGGACUCUGGCCUCAGUAGGGAUGGGGACAGUGAUAACUCCAACGAUGCUGACCCUCGACUGAGCAGGGACAGAGAUUCUAGUUGUGGUGGCACCCUUCCAGCCACCUACGAGGGGGUCCGCUGCCCCAGUGAGACCCAGGGAUAUAGCUGGCCCACUGAGGCCAGUGAGACCCAGGAAUAUAGUCCUACUGUGUAUGGCCAGCAGCAGCAGAGACUGUCAUGGAGCCCGACGUCCUCCUCUCAAGCCUGGGAUAGAAGCAGUAGACAGAGUGGCACUGGGAAGCCUGGGCAGGGCAGGAAGAGGGCACACAGCCAUGGAUGUCAUCCUGGAGACCAGUAUGAAGGCUGUAGGAACAGAGACACACCGAAACCUGGGGAGCCUGAGAAGGAUCAGCUGUUUGCCCAGAAGUGUGUGGAGCUCCAGCGUUACCUCCAUCCCCUGUCUUCCAUCCUGAGAGGCCUGCGCUCUGGGAGGUACUCAGAACGUCUUAGCAGUUUCCAGGAGAGCGUUGCUAUGGACCGGAUCCAGAGAAUAAUGGGAGUCCUCCAGAACCCAAACAUGGGUGAGCGCUACGUCAGUGUCAUCCUGAAGAUGGAAGCCAUGCUCCAUAGCUGGUUUCCUCAAGUCAGAGCCCGCCGAGACCCAGACCCAGACCCAGACCAGCACAAUGACAGCCAGGAAGAGCACCACACUCCAGCUACGAGACACAAGCAAUACCAUGCCCCAGCCCACCCACCACCUCCAGCCUCUCCUCCCGUCGUCUCCCCCCCAGAGGGUGACCACCACCCAGCCCUGCGAGCCUCCGACGGACCUCUACCUGGCGCCUUCCCCAACUCCUCUGCCACUCAUCUCAAAUGUCUCCACACUGCCCCCAUCUGCUCCGCCAAGACAGAGACAGAGACAGAGACAGCCCAGCAAGAGCCACCAGGCCUGGGCAGACCCUCCUCCGCCUGCUCCCUGGGAUCCAACCGCCCAGCCGAGGACCAGGAACAGACCCAAGACGACGCCGUCUCCUCCAGCACUGACCUCCAGGGGAGCCCUGUGGACCCCCACCUCCAGACCCAGCCCUACAGAGUCAGACCCCGAGCCCACCGACGAGGGCCUCCGUCGGGGAAGAUCAGCUCGCCCUGCCUGGAGAGGCUGCUCCAGUCCAAGGAGAGCAUCAUCGCACCCAGAAACACGGGAGGUGAUGGUCCUGGUGGUGGUGAGGAGAGCAGCCGGUCGUAACAGCUGGACCCAGAAACACGGGAGGUGAUGGUCCUGGUGGUGGUGUGGAGAGCAGCCGGUCGUAACAGCUGGACCCAGACAUGUUCCACGGAGAAGAUAAGGACUGAUCUGGGAACAGAGUUAACCCGGGAGAGACAGAGCUGUAUCUUUCCACAACAGGCUCUCCAAUACAGCAGAGGGCAAAGGUCGCUGUCUGGGCGGGACGCGACAGUGGCUGUCCCUUUAUGAGCUGUGUGUCAUGUGAUCCAUCAUGUGAUCCAUCAUGUGAUCAUACUAUCUGCAGUAAGACACUGAGACAUGGACGAGAGGAGAUAGAACAAACAAAACCAAGGUUAGUCUGUCUGUCCUCAAAAUAACAAACAAAACUAACCUUGAUUUGGUUUGUUAUCUUGAGGACAGAGAGAGAGAGAGAGAGAGAGAGAGAGAGAGAGAGAGAGAGAGAGAGAGAGAGAGAGAGAGAGAGAGAGAGAGAGAGAGAGAGAGAGACAGAGAGACAGAGAGAGAGCGAGAGAG